GCCAUCGACAAGGCCAGAAAGACGCAGGCAGCGCUACUCAUAAGCCAUGAAACACAUUGCCGUGGUCGCCAUCUUGCUGUUUAUGGUAUGGUUUCCAUAUGAUGUUGUUUCACAGUAUGGAACCAAUGAUGACGACGAAGACAAUGCGAUCGAAGAAAGUGCCGUAUUUGAGUUGUGCUUCAGAGAAGCAGUUAAUGGCGUCGACAGGGCCAUCUUUGAAACCAGUAACGCUAUCCGCAACAUGCACAAGCCCAUAACUCCUGCACAAUUACUAAAACUGUUCCGCUAUCCAACACUGAGAAUUAUUGAUGCUUCAAGGAACAAAGAGGUUUUUGAGAUUUUGCUUGAUAUUUUAAGAUCAAACAACAGAGGACACAAAAUUAACCCAGCAUUCAUCGAAACAUUAAUGGUAAGGUUGGGAUGCAGACCGCCCUCUGUAUCCUGCAAUGACAUGUGCUUUCAUUCUAAGUUCCGGACUAUAGAUGGUACAUGCAAUAAUUUCAAAUACCCGUCCCAAGGAGCAGCAUUGACACCAUUUACUCGUAUGAGAGAUUCGAUUUAUGAAAAUGGUUUCACUGAACCAGUUGGUUGGAAUCCUGGUAUGUUAUACAAUGGUUUCCCUAAACCAUUGCCUCGGGACGUGACUAAUCGACUGGGACGCACUUACACAAUCUCCCAUAGCCUUCACUUAACCGAUUUGGUCAGUUUGUUUGGACAGUUUCUAGACCACGACACGGAUUUGACACCUCAGAGUCCUAGUUCAGUUUCUUUUAAAGACGGUCAACCCUGCAGUGCAUCGUGCGAUAACAAGCCUCCCUGUUUCCCUCUUCUCGUCCCUGAUGACGAUCCACGCAUCCAUGGCGUAAACUGUACCGAGUUUAUACGAUCCAGUGCAGUGUGUGGGACAGGUAGUGUAUGGCUUUCACGAGAACAGACAAACGCAAUCACAUCCUAUAUUGAUGCAUCACAAGUUUAUGGAAGCGAACAGAACAAGGCUGACAAUUUGAGAGCUUUUGAUGGUAAAGGGGGCAUGAGAGUUGGACAUAAUGAGACAGCAACUGGACGACCACUGCUGCCUUUUGACCCUAAUUCUCCAAUGGCAUGUCUGAGUGACGAUAACAUGAAUGAUGUACCAUGCUUUCUCGCAGGUGAUACUCGGGCCAAUGAACUGACUGGUCUCACUUCUAUGCACACCCUCUUUCUGCGUGAACACAAUCGCAUCAGUAAUAUCUUAUCACAGAUCAAUCCACACUGGGACGAUGAACAACUAUAUCAGGAAGCACGUAAAAUCGUGGGUGCUACAUUACAGCAUAUUACAUAUGAUCACUAUCUACCUAAGAUUAUCGGUGACGUUGGUAUGGAAUCCAUGGGUGUGUACAACGGCUAUGACCCAGACACUAAUGCCGCUAUAGCUAAUGUAUUUGCCACGGCCGCGUUUAGAUUUGGCCAUGCAACAGUGAAACCAUUUAUCUCAAGACUUGACGAGAAUUUUAACGAAACUUCAGAAGGUCAUCUACCACUACACCGUGCAUUCUUCCAACCUUGGAGAAUUGUUGAAGAAGGUGGUAUAGACCCAGUUAUUAGAGGAUUCUUUGCUACAGCUGCCAAGGAUCUCAAUCCGGGUGAAAUAAUGACAGACGAGCUGACUGAACAUCUCUUUGAAUUAUCCAACUCUAUAGCAUUGGACUUGAUGUCUUUAAAUAUUCAACGAGGUCGUGACCAUGCCUUGCCAGGUUACACUGUUUGGCGUGAUAUGUGCGGGCUUGUUGCAGCUGAUACAUUUGACAAGCUGAAGAAUGAAAUGUCAGAUGAUUACGUCCGUCACACGCUGCAAGAUCUCUACGGCCACCCCGGGAACAUCGAUCUAUUUAUUGGUGCAUUGGCAGAAGAUCCCCUGGAAGGCAGUGUGGUGGGACCAACUUUCAACUGUAUACUGGCGAGACAAUUUAAUAAAACAAGAAAUGGAGACAGAUUUUGGUAUGAGAAUGAUGGAUACUUUUCAGAAAAUCAAGUAGCAGAGAUAAAGAAGACCUCACUUGCUCGUAUCAUAUGUGACAAUACAAACAUAGACGUGCUUCAACAAGAUGUGUUCUUGAUGCCUAGUGUUAGUGGUGGAUUUGUUAACUGUCAUUCUAUUGAGGGGUUCGAUUUAAAUGCAUGGACUCAUCAACAAGACGAAGAUCACACAGCGCCUUCUAUAAAGUGCCCGAGUGACAUCGUCAUUAACGCGCAUGCUCCAACAGCUACAGUGUAUUGGCCAAGACUAAUAGUCCGAGAUAAUUCCAAGGAAAAUAUUGGUGUUACAUGCUCGCGUGCCAACGGCUCAGAUUUUCCGGAGGGGGUAACAAUCGUGACAUGCACAUGCACCGAUUCUUCUGGCAACUGUGCAACCUGCAGCUUCUCUGUGGUAGUGCAAUGUAA